ACACUGUGUCGCCUUCAAUCAGAAAGUUCUCUGCAACUUUCUGUUAGCCUAUAUUAUUGUUUGGCAGUCCCAUUUCCAGUACUAAAGCAUUUUUUUUAGAGCCAAAGCAUUUUUAUUUUCAAAUUCUGCCACUUUAGUUCAAACUAGCAGGUACGCACCCAAAAGAGUUUAAGUUUAGACCAUACUCCCUCCGUCUUAUGAUAUAAGAGCAUUUUUUACACUACACCAGUGUCAAAAAUGUUUUUAUAUUAUGGGACAGCGGGAGUAGUAUAUACUUACGCAGUAGUGCUGGUGGCUGAAGCCAAUCGACACCAACAUUAGACUAAACUCAAACAAACACGCUGCUAUGAAUGUACUCGUGCUAGCACCGCCCGAUGUUCGCCAUCGGAAAAAGGUGACUGGUAAUUCGUGGUCAACCAUAGAAUCAAUCACUACUUUCGACAAGCCCAAGCGUUCCUUUUUGAACUUCUCAUUUUUCCGACAUGUACUUCCACAGCCAGUUGUGGCCAGCGUUUUGGUUACCGCUCGAAAUUUCGAGAUCGCGAGCAGUUACCACGAUUAUUGUCCCCCCACGAAAUACACUCAUACCGAGCAAAAAAAAUUCAAAAUUUUGAAUUCAAACGCUCACCUUCUAGUUAAAUAUAAGGCAUCUCUCUAUGAGAACACUACUGGUGAUGGCGUAGUGGCAAAGAAGUUCUCUCCGCAGCACCCAGUCUCGGGUUCAAAUCUGGUCGCUCGCUCUUUGAAUACAUAUCUAUAUCGACCUCAAAAAAUUCGAGUUCAAAAUUUGAUAAUAAAUUUGGUCUGAUUUUUUUUUUGGUAUUUCGGGGUUACCGUGGUAAUCGCAAAUUUCGGUAUCCUUCGAGAAAAAAGGUCCACUCAGGAUCCAAAACCUUGGUUGUGACACUAUUUUGCAACUGUAGCCUUGUUUUUUGAAGCUAUAGGAAAAAAACAACCAUUACAAAAGAAAAGCGAGUUUGAACCAUUAUUAAUUAACUGGCUUUAGUCCAACACCAACAUUCAUGAAACUUUCAACAAACAAUCCGCAAAGCACAACUAUUUCUUAUAAGCAUUUUAAGGAACAAAUAACCAAGCUUUCUAUUGUUGCUGCAGGAGCUCUCCACCAAAAACACUAAAGCUUUCAACUAUCUAAACGAGCCUUUGAAUAAAAUUUUACAAGCUUUGACCUAAAAAAUUAAAGAAAUGCAAAAACCCUAGAUCGAACCCCAUUGAUCCCAACCUCCCUCGGUGAUGGCGUUGAACCAUGGUGACCGUAGCGAUACAUCUAGAUCCUGAAGGCGGAGAAGAAAAGGGGAAGGAAACGACACCGCACGCACACUGACCAGCUACUAGCUAGCAUACUCGAGGAGAGCGCCGGCACUGGCGCACAACAAGAUACUAAAUUAGAAAGACGUCUUGACCAUCGACGUGUGGAGAAAUACGAGAAAGAGCUCAUAGGUUUGUAGAUUAGUUAAUUUGGUAGAGAGAAAAUAUAUAAUGAGAUGAAAUAUACCACACAUCAGUUACGGAAUAGUUGGUAGUGAGCACGAGUGAUGGGGUGGGUUGUAAAAAAAGGAGCGAAGGUGAAGGAGCCUUUGGGAUGUUUUGUGAAGACAAAGGCUAGCUCCUUGCUUUAUCAUCUUCGUUCGUUCACUCGUAGUCAACCUUGCCGUGCCCGCGGCGGCGGCUGGAACGCCGUGGCGCCGCCCCGUGUGGCGGCGCUCUAGAUAGAAAUAGAACCAUGCGCUGAUUUGGGUGGGUAGGCCCCACGUCGAUGCAUGCAUGCAUGCAGUGUAACGCGUCUUGGUCAAGUCUACGUACGCAUACAGAGGCUCAACUUGCUCUCUCUCUCUUUUUUGCAUCGAUACAGAGGCUAGCUUAGCAUGCAAGCACUCGUUUAGUUUGCAACAAAUUAUUACAGCCCACAGCCACAGGACAAGGAUACGGUAACGACCAGAGCACGCGGCCGUUUUACUUUACUCGCUCGCGGAAAAUGGUAGAGGCGGAAAGGUUGUUUUUCCGUGCAGUAGGUAAGGAUGCGUUCAAACCCAGACCCGGACCGACGACCUCCCUUCUCCGGUCAAUGACAUGCGGGCCCGCGCCGCCGUGAGGACCCACAUGGCGGGUGAGCUCCCACUCCCACUCGCCGGUGGUGUCCACUUCAGUCAGUCAAACUCCCUGACGACGAACGGUCAACACAUCCGGCAACCAUGCAUCCAUGAAUGUCCCGGUGCUUUCCUUCUUCUCAUCCUCAGCAUCCUUUCCUCUCAACGUUACCCAAAUCUCCUACGCCUUCCAGAGCAUCCCGUAGCCGGCGGCCUCUCCCUUUCGUUGCAACAACAAGAUCGACGCGAUGCAUCCGUUUCGCGUCCCGGCGUCCGCCGCCGCCGCCGUGCUCUGCUCAGCCACGCUGCUGCUAACAACCGUCCUUGCCACCGACGCCAUAAACACCACCGCGCCGUCGUCCUGCGACCCGGCGGCGUGCGGGGGCCUGCGCAUCGCCUACCCGUUCUGGCUCGACGGCACGCACCUGCCGGAGUGCGGCUACCGGGCCUACCAGGUCAGCUGCGACGGCAACGGCACGGCCUCCCUCAAGAACUCCCUCUGGACGUACCAGAUCCGGGAGAUCAAUUACGGGGACGACAACGGCACCUUCCGGAUCACCAACGCCCAGCUCACCGACGGCACCUGCGACAUCGAGCUGCGCGUGAACGCCUCCGCCGACCUCGGCCUCGCGCCGUUCAGCAUCAGCGCGGCUAACCGGCAGCUCUUCUUCCUCUACAACUGCACCGACCAGCAGGCGCGGCAGCCGCCGCCAACGUGGGCGCACGUGAACUGCGCCAACGGCUCGCGCAAUGACUCGUUCGCGUUGCUCGCCGGCGGGUACAAGCCCGAAGACAAAUGGGGGCCGCUGCCGGGAAACUGCACGGUGUCGAUGAUGCCAGUGCUGGGCUACCCACGGGCGGCCGGAAAGGACUACCGGCGGCUGAUGAAGGACGGCUUUCUUCUGGAAUACACGGUCGACGACUGUGCGGGGUGCGUGGACAGCGGAGGGCUUUGCCGGGUUAACACCGUCUACGACUCCUUGGAGUGUCACUGCCCCGACGGCGUGUCCGACUUCAUCAUCUGCGGCGGUCAGUGUCAAUUCAUCUCGGUUUUACCUCUUUUUAAUCUCCGUAGACCUGCUAAUUAGAUCUCAAGCUUCGGAAAUUAUCUCGCAUGCCAUUAUUAGUAUCAGUAUUACCUCAAACGUGUUUGCAAAUGUCUAAGUGACUGCGAGAGCCAACGGACAGGCUAUAUGUAUGUAGCCCCAGCCAUGCCAUGUGGUUAAACCAACGUUUAAAGGAACACAUUUGUUAUUUCUCA